AUGCCUUAUAAAAUUGGUUUGGUGGGUUUGCCAAAUGUGGGAAAAUCAAGUUUGUUCCGUUUGCUAACGAAAAAAAAUAUUCUCGUGGCUAAUUAUCCGUUUGCGACUAUUGACCCUAAUGUUGGGAUAAUGAGUUUGGACGACCCACGUUUAACUAGGCUAGGGGAGUUUUGGCAAAGUCGUAAAAUUACUCCUAGUCAAAUACAGAUUAUUGAUAUUGCCGGCUUGGUCCGGGGGGCUUCGCAAGGUUCCGGUUUAGGUAAUGAAUUUUUAUCGCACCUUCGAGAAGUCGAUUUAAUUUGUCAGGUGCUUCGGUGCUUUCCCGAAAAAGAAAUAAUUCAUGUCGAAAAUUCAGUUGACCCAAUUAGAGAUUUUUCCACUAUCCAGUUAGAAUUAAUUUUGGCCGAUUGGCAACAAGUAAACCGAAAAUUAACCAAAUUAAAAAUCCGUGACGAAAAGUCGCAAAAAGAGCAAGAGAUUUGUCAAUUAAUCGCGGCUAAUUUGGAGAAAGAAAUACCAGUUAGCCGCCUGGAUUUUUCUCCGGAAGAAAAAGCUCUAAUAAAAUCUUAUAAUUUGCUUACGGACAAACCAUUUUUUUUACUGGCUAAUUAUAGCGGAGACCGGAGCGAGAUUACGGAGUUAGAAGAAUACGUUCGCACUGAAAAAUUAACCUUGUUUCCUUUACCUGUUAAACUACAAGAAGCAGCCUCCAAAUUAUCAGCCCAAGAACAAGAAGAGAUUGGUUGCUUGCCGGCUGAUUUUUCCGUUUUCUCCGCCCAAGUCAAAAGUUUAUUAAAAUUAAAAACUUUUUUCACUGUGGGCGAGGAUGAAACGAAAAGUUGGCUAGCGUCCGAGAAUAUCACCGCCCGUCAGGGGGCGGGAUUAAUUCACUCGGACCUGGAAAAAAAUUUUAUCAAAGCCGAGAUCUAUAAUUAUACCGAGUGA